AUGGCCUCAUCACUCACUAAUCCUCUAAUCUCCUCCAACUUCCUCCGCACCCAAAGCUUCUUCUCCACUUUACCUCGCGCACAUAUAACACUUUCCAGAAAAUUCCCAAUCCCACAAUCCCUUCUCAACGGCAAAAAUCCCAAGAAACCAACAAUUAUCCGAAAUCACGCAGCUGUAGCUGCUCUGCUCUUCUCAUCAGUCAUUCCGCAAGCACUCGCACUAGAUAAUUCUCCCCCACAACCACCUCCCGCCCCACAAGUCACUGAGAUCGAAGCCCAAAAGCCCGGCACGUCGUCUCCCUUCGGCCUGAACCUGAUCCUGGACGCCCCCAAGCCGCAGUCCCAGCCCGCCUCAGAUCUCCCGGAGGGUUCCCUGUGGCGCUACAGCGAGUUCUUAAACGCGGUGAGGAAGGGCAAGGUCGAGCGUGUGAGGUUCAGCAAUGACGGAGGUGCCCUUCAGCUGACCGCCGUCGAUGGUCGCAAGGCCGCCGUGGUGGUACCCAACGACCCGGACUUGAUUGACAUUUUGGCCUUGAGUGGCGUGGACAUUUCAGUCUCCGAAGGAGAACCCGAGAACGGGCUGUUAAAUUUCAUAGUGAGUCUGCUUUUCCCCCUCCUGGCUUUCGGCGGGCUUUAUUUCCUGUUCAGACGGGCCCAAGGCGGCCCGGAAGGGCCGGGCGGCCUUGGAGGGCCCAUGGACUUCGGCCGGUCCAAAUCCAGGUUCCAGGAGGUCCCGGAGACGGGCGUCACGUUUGCUGAUGUGGCUGGUGCCGAUCAAGCCAAGCUCGAGUUGCAAGAAGUGGUAGAUUUCUUGAAAAACCCAGAUAAAUACACUGCACUGGGGGCCAAAAUCCCUAAAGGUUGUCUUUUGGUGGGCCCUCCAGGCACUGGGAAGACCCUUUUGGCUCGAGCAGUGGCUGGCGAAGCUGGCGUGCCGUUUUUCUCUUGCGCAGCCUCAGAAUUUGUAGAAUUGUUUGUGGGAGUUGGGGCUUCGAGAGUCAGGGAUUUGUUUGAGAAAGCAAAGUCGAAAGCGCCUUGCAUUGUAUUUAUAGACGAAAUUGAUGCCGUUGGGCGGCAAAGAGGGGCCGGGCUUGGGGGUGGUAAUGAUGAGAGAGAGCAGACAAUAAAUCAGCUUUUGACCGAGAUGGACGGGUUUUCGGGUAAUUCAGGUGUGAUUGUGCUGGCGGCGACUAACAGGCCUGAUGUUCUUGAUUCGGCCUUGUUGAGACCUGGGAGGUUCGACCGGCAGGUUAUGGUGGACAGACCCGAUGUUGCUGGCAGGGUUAAGAUUCUUAAGGUCCAUUCAAGAGGAAAGGCGCUUGCAAAGGAUGUUGAUUUCGAAAAGAUUGCACGGAGGACACCAGGUUUCACAGGUGCAGAUUUGCAAAACCUAAUGAAUGAGGCAGCCAUUAUUGCAGCACGACGUAACUUUACCGAAAUAAGCAAAGACGAGAUAUCCGAUGCCUUGGAGAGAAUAAUAGCUGGACCAGAGAAGAAAAAUGCUGUUGUCUCUGAUGAAAAGAAGAGACUUGUUGCUUACCACGAGGCUGGACAUGCAUUAGUCGGUGCCUUGAUGCCAGAGUAUGAUCCAGUAGCAAAAAUAUCUAUAAUUCCGCGUGGACAAGCAGGUGGACUUACGUUUUUUGCUCCGAGUGAAGAGAGACUUGAGUCAGGAUUGUACAGUCGGAGCUACUUAGAAAAUCAGAUGGCUGUUGCACUUGGUGGAAGGGUUGCCGAAGAGAUUAUAUUCGGACAGGACAACGUAACAACUGGAGCAUCCAAUGAUUUCAUGCAAGUCUCAAGGGUUGCAAGACAGAUGGUCGAGAGGUUUGGGUUUAGCAAGAAAAUCGGGCAAGUGGCCAUAGGUGGUUCUGGUGGAAACCCAUUUCUCGGACAACAGAUGUCAUCCCAGAAAGACUACUCCAUGGCGACAGCAGACAUAGUAGAUGCCGAAGUUAGACAGCUGGUCGAGACAGCAUACAACCGGGCCAAGCACAUAGUCACCACACGCAUUGACAUCCUACACAAACUUGCUCAAUUACUAAUCGAGAAAGAAACGGUUGAUGGAGAGGAGUUCAUGAGCCUCUUCAUAGAUGGCCAAGCUGAACUCUACGUCGCCUAA